GUUAGCGUUGUUAGGUUGGCAAUCAUAACCUCACUUUUUCACCGGACCAGUUUGUUGUUUGUUGUGUAUUUCUGUCUAUAACUUUUUAGAAAGAACAAAUUAACUGCCUUUUGUAAAUGCUGCUUGAUACUGUUGCGUCCUACUAACGUUCAACAUGACGACAAACCCGAGGAAAGGCACCGACCCGGUGCCAAUGGAGGAAAGUGAUCAACUUACGAUCCGACCCCUGGGCGCCGGGCAAGAAGUAGGCAGGUCUUGUAUAAUGCUAGAAUUCAAGGGUAAAAAAAUUAUGCUGGACUGUGGGAUUCAUCCUGGGUUGUCAGGCAUGGAUGCACUGCCUUUUGUGGAUCUAAUCGAAGCAGAUGAGGUUGACCUGCUUCUAAUAUCACAUUUUCACUUGGACCACAGUGGAGCUCUACCAUGGUUUCUGACCAAGACCUCGUUCAAGGGCCGUGUGUUCAUGACACAUGCUACUAAAGCCAUUUACCGGUGGCUUGUGUCCGAUUACAUCAAAGUCAGCAACAUAUCGACGGAGCAGAUGCUAUACACGGAGUCGGACUUGGAGGGCUCCAUGGACCGCAUCGAGACCAUAAACUUCCACGAGGAGAAGGAUGUGCGCGGCGUGCGCUUCUGGGCCUACAACGCGGGCCACGUGCUCGGCGCCGCCAUGUUCAUGAUCGAGAUCGCCGGCGUCAAGGUAUUAUACACGGGCGAUUUUUCAAGGCAAGAGGACCGGCACUUGAUGGCGGCCGAAAUUCCAACAGUUCACCCUGACGUUCUUAUCACGGAGUCUACAUACGGCACCCACAUCCACGAGAAGCGGGAGGAACGCGAAAGCCGCUUCACGGGGCUGGUGAGCGAGAUCGUGUCGCGCGGCGGCCGCUGCCUCAUCCCUGUGUUCGCGCUCGGCCGGGCCCAGGAGCUGCUGCUCAUCCUGGACGAGUACUGGUCACUGCAUCCUGAGCUGCAAGACAUCCCGAUCUACUACGCGUCGUCGCUGGCCAAGAAGUGCAUGGCGGUGUACCAGACGUACGUCAACGCCAUGAACGACCGCAUCCGCCGUCAGAUCGCCGUCAACAACCCCUUCGUGUUCCGACACAUUUCCAACCUCAAGGGCAUCGACCACUUCGAGGACAUCGGGCCGUGCGUGAUCAUGGCGUCGCCGGGCAUGAUGCAGUCGGGGCUGUCGCGCGAGCUCUUCGAGUCCUGGUGCACAGACCCCAAGAACGGCGUCAUCAUCGCCGGGUACUGCGUGGAAGGCACGCUGGCCAAGACGAUCCUGUCGGAGCCGGAGGAGAUCACGUCGAUGUCGGGCCAGAAGCUGCCGCUCAAGAUGUCGGUGGACUACAUUUCCUUCUCGGCGCACACGGACUACCAGCAGACUUCGGAGUUUAUCAACAUCCUCAAGCCGCCGCACGUGGUGUUGGUCCACGGCGAGCAGAACGAGAUGUCGCGGCUUAAAGCGGCGCUGCAGCGCGAGCAGCGCGGCCGGCUCGCCAUACACACGCCGCGCAACACGCAGCAGCUGGCGCUCACCUUCCGCGGCGACAAGACCGCCAAGGUGAUGGGGUCGCUGGCCGUGGAGCCGCCGGAGCCGGGCCGCCAGCUGCAGGGCGUGCUCGUCAAGAGGAACUUCAACUACCACAUCCUGGCACCUUCGGAUCUCAACAAAUACACGGAGCUGACGCAAUCCGAAGUGACGCAGCGGCAGUCGAUCCCGUACAGCGGCUCGCCGGCGCUGCUGAGGCACGUGGUCAUGCAACUGUGCGGGCACAUCGAGUUCCUCGGCGAGGCGCGCUGGCGCGUGUACGGCUGCAUCCUGCUCACGCUCGAACCCAAUAUGAUCCUGCUGGAGUGGCAGGCGCAGCCGGUGACGGACAUGUAUGCGGACGCGCUGGUGGCGGCGGCGCUGGCGGCCAGCGCGGCGCCCCAAGUCAGCCACCUGCCGCUCGCGCCCAAGCUCGACCGCAUGCACUUCAAGGAGUGCGUGAUCGAGAUGCUGCAAGAAAUGUUUGGGGAAGACUCCGUGCCCAAGAUGUUCAAGGGCGACAAGCUCUACGUCGAAGUGCAUGGCCGCCGCGCCGACAUCGACCUGCUCAACUUGGAAGUGUCGUGUCCCGCGGAUGAAUCCCUGGAGCGUGCGGUGUCAUCCGCCAUCACCAAGCUACACGCUGCGCUGGCGCCCGUGCGACCGCCUGCGCCGCCGCCGACCGAGUGACGUCACACCGCCGCGCCGCCGCCCGCCGAGUGACGUCACACGCCCGCGCCGCCGCCCGCCGAGUGACGUCACACCGCCCGCUCGCGGCUCUGCAUCACGACUAGUGAAUACGAGGACUUUAGUGACCAUUGAUGCUGUGAGCCAUUUCCCCUCUAUUUGCCCGCGCCAGUAGUAGUUUGUUUUCAUUUAUUUAGUAUAUCAUCAUGAUGUUCGUCCGCCAUUACCUUCGCGCCACCGUCCGCCGAGUGACGUCACACAAACUCACACAACGGGAGCGCUGCAUCUGUGUCGUGGCUAGUGAAUACGAGGACUUUAGUGACCAUUGACGAUGUGAGCCAUUUCCCCUCUAUUUGCCCGCGCCAGUAGUAGUUUGUUUUCA